AUGUCUUAAAAAUCAAAAACAUUACUACAACUACUUCAACAACAAUAACAUUUUCAUGAUGAUAUUAAUACAUCUUUAGAAUCUAAUUAUAGACAUAGUUCAGAACAUACAGAAAAGAAGUUUGAUCUCAAAUUACAAAAAUCCAUACUUGAUCUUUAUUCUCAAAUUAAAAGCAAUAUACUUAAAACAGAAGAUCAUGUAUAUAUAAAAUUUCCAAUUAGUUAUUAUUAUGUUAAAUAAGAAAAUUAGUACCUUUAGAUAAGUCAGAAGAUCUUUAUACAGAUCCAAAUAGUUUGAUUUGUUAUAUUGGAUGUAUAUUCACAGUUUUAAUGCAAGAUAAAGUAUUUUUUAAAUAUUAUUAGUUAAAUUUAGAAUAAUAAGUAGAAGAACAAAAAACUAGAGAUUAAAGUGAUUAUGAAGAAUAAUUAAUUAAAUUGGAAGCAGAAAUUAGAUAACAUAUAAGAGUAAUUAAAUAAAUAAAAUUAGAUUGAAUAAUAAUUGAAAUUAUUUGCAGAAAAUACUUAAUCAAAAUUAGAAGAUGCUUUAAAAAUAAAAGAAGAAUUAGAAGAAGAAUUAUAAGGAGUUAAAAGUGAUUUCUAAGUUUUAUAUGAUAAAAACAAUACAUUAAAUUAAAAAUUAAGAACAUAAGAAAAAGAAAUAUAAAUUAUUAAAAAUAAUAGUAAUAAUGAAACUACAAAUUAAUCUCUUAAAAUUAAUUAAAAUAAUCAAAAAAAUUAAUCUAAAAAAGAGAAUAUUGAAAAUGAACAUCCAAAAUAAUAAUCUAUUACAAUCAAUUUAUAAAUAGAUAAAUAAAAACCACCUCUUUAAGAUUAUGUAUUAUUUUUUUAAUUAAUUUAAUAGUAAGAUAGAAUACAAACUGAUCCAUAAGAUGAUUAUUUUAAACCUAGAAAUGAUUCACAUAAAAGAAUUAUUUCUACUCAUAUAGCAAAUACUUAAAAUAAUAAAUCUAAUUAUUUAGCUACCAGAACAUAAACUGAAUCAUAUGAAUAUUAAGAUAGAAAGAGAAAAAAUAAUUUAUCUCAAUAUGAAACUUCAAAUGUUACAAAACAUUAAAGAAAUAAAACUGCUUAAAAUGUUCUAAAUCUAAUAAGUAUCAAAUAUUCUAAUAACAGAAGAUUAAGAACUUAAAAGAUAAUAAUCAGUAAAAGCAUGCUAAGAUAAAAAUUAAAAUAAUUAAAACAAAAUUAUGAAAAAACCUUCAAAUUCACAACAUUAACAUGUUGAACCUAAUAGAUCAAAUAAUUCUGUUCAUAGUUUUCGUAAACAACCUCCUGAAAUAAGUCAGAUUCCUAGACCUUUUUCAUGUGCUGAAUAAAUUGAAGAAUCACAUAAUUCUGUAAUUUAAUUAUUUUUUAUUUUAGUUUUAAAAGGAUCUAAGUAUGGAUAUGGGUAAUUAUUAGAAAUAAAGUGGAGAUUAUCCAGAUAAAUAAUAAUAAAUUAAAAAAUUAUUACAAUAAUAUCAAUAGAAACAUUCUCUAAAUGAUACUUUAACUAAAAAAUUACUUUAAGAAUAUAAAAAAAGAUAAGGAUAUAAUUGUAAAACAAUUUAUUGA